AUGAAACCCCCCCCCUCUUCUCUCUCUCCUUCUUCUUCUUCUCGCACAAAAAAUAUUACAUCUCCCCCCCCCUCUCCCUUUUCUGUCUCUUCUGAGAACGACCCCAAACUAGCAAACACACAAACACAAACACAGGGGGCCCCCCUCAUCCCCCCAGGAGCAGAAGAAGAAGAAAUUAAAGAAAAAGAAAAUGAAAAAGAAAAAGAAAAAGAAAUAAAAGAAAUAGAAAAACAAAAAGAAAAAGAAGAAGAAAGAAAAGAAAAAGAAAUAGAAAUAGAAAUGAGAGAAGAAGAAGAAAUAAAAGAAAUAGAAAAAGAAGAAGUAACAAAAGAAAAAGAAAGGAGAGAAAAGGAAAAAGAAGAAGAAAGAAAAGAAAUAGAAAUAGAAAUGAAAGAAGAGGAGGAAAUAAGAGAAAUAGAAAGAAAAGAAAAAGAAGAAGAAAGAAAAGAAAAAGAAAUAGAGAUGAGGGAAGAGGAAGAAAUACGAGAAAAAGAAAAAGAAGAAAGAGAAGAAGAAAGAAAAGAAAAAGAAGAAGAAAGAAAAGAAAAAGAAGAAAGAGAAGAAAAAGAAAAAGAAAGAAAAGAAAAAGAAGAAGAAGAAAGGAGAGAAAAAGAAAUAGAGAUGAGAGAAGAAGAAGAAAUACGAGAAAAAGAAAAAGAAAUAAAAGAAAUAGAAAGAAAAGAAGAAGAAGAAAGAAAAGAAGAAGAAAAAGAAAGAAAAGAAGAAGAAGAACAAGAAAGAAAAAAAGAAGAAAAAGAAAAUAAAAAAAAAGAAAAAAAUAUAAAAAAUAAAAACACAGAAACAGACAAAACACCAUCCCCAAACAUAAAAAAUAAUAAUAAAGGGGGGGCCCCCCGCCCCCGUCGUGCUGCUGCUGCUGCUGCUGCAGCAGCAGCAGCAAGAAGCAAACGAAGCUCUGCUGCAGCAGCAGGAACAGCAGCAGCAGCAGCAGCAGGAACAGCAGCAGCAGCAGCAGCAGCAGCAGCAACAACAACCCCACCACCACCACCAACAAAAUAUAAAGAAGAGCUCGCCGCUGUAGAUAGAGAUAUCCUACACAUUCUAAACAAAGGAAUUCCCGUGCGCGACGUACUAACAAAGAGAGAAGAAUAUAUAAAGAUAAAGAAAUGCAUGCAAACGGCAGCAGAAGAAGAAGCAGAGAAAGAAGGAGAACAACCACACGGAACGGGUUUGGUGCUGCAGCUGCAGCGUUUGCUGCGGCUGCUGUGUGAGGGGUCCCCGCUGCCUCUGUCUUCACUAGCAGCAGCAGCAGCAGCAGCACUAGCUGAUGAGGGUUUAGAUAAGGAGGCCCCCGUCUUCUCUAUAGAUGUACAAACCCUCAAAGCAGAACUACCCGUACUACUCACCAGAAGACGGAUGUGUUAUGGGUUCAAGGGUUUAGAGUUUGUUGUUUAG